AUGGAAAUCCUAUUUCAUCCAGCAGUGCUGAAGAUUCUGUGUGAAUGGAAAGAAGGAGAGGGACAAGAGCCGCCAACCGAUCUAUUGGCCUUGCUUGUGGAUUGUAAGUCCGAGGUGGACUAUGAGUGGAUGGACAAGGUCUUGUAUUUGUACAAAAAAACAUCGAAGAGAAAAAAUGACAGAAUAAGGAUUCUUAGAGAAGCCGUUGAAUCCAAGUUUCAUCUUGAGCUAGUUGGCGAAGGAAAUGGAGAGGAUAAGACUGUUUAUUUGCUGAGUGACCUUGGGAUAGUCUCAAAGGAUACUAGAGGCUUGUUGAGAACCAUGAGAAAAAGCCUUAAAAAAAUCUGGAACGAUAGGAAGUCUCUGGAUCCUAGGGAUAAUGCAAUGAAGAAAGAAACUCCGAAUCCGGGUAUGCUGAAGUUUGUCUGUGUAGAAAACAGAAAAAAGCCUUUGCCAGAGACUCUCGGGCAGUUUACUCCGAUACGCUUUGAUGACGAGGUUUUGAUCACCACACCUACAAAUGCACUUGGCUCUACGGUGCGUGUGAGGAAGGACGUGCAUGACUCAAAGAGACUAUUCUUCAUUAAGUUCUCGGAUCGGCCUCAGCCACCCCUCUAUGGCUUUAGGAAAGAAAGACUCUAUGUAAAAAACAGCCUUUCAAAACUCCCACAGGUUCUGGACUAUGAGUAUGAAUCUGAGUGGGAAGAUGCAGAAGAUGCAGAGUCCGUUGAAAGCACUGAGGAAGAGGAAGAGGAAGAAGAGAGCAGCUGUGAGUGGAUAGAAAUGGAUGCAGAAAACACAGGGCCAUCAAGAACAAACAGAAAGCCAUCUCUUUCAUUUCCUUCAUGUAGAUUCAACAUUCUACCGUCAUUCUCGCCCUCCUGGAUCUCACUCCCACUAGUGGAGCGUGAAACAUUUCCGGAGGAGCUUCUACAGGAGCUUAGAGAAGAGAUGUCUCACCAUGAAGGCACCGAGAGAUUGAUAAAGAGGUUUAGUAGCAAGUAUGUGAUCAGGCCAUCUGUUGUUAGUGACAUGCUCAGGGACCCCCGACUGAGCAGUGCAGCUACAAUAAAAAAACCGGAAUAA